AAAAUAGGUCACUAUUGUUAGAGACCGUUGUGUGUCGAACACGUAAAUAUCAUUUUCGUCAUUUUCAUACGUGGCCCAUCAAUAAAUUUCAACUGAAAGGAAUAAGUAUGAGCUAAUAAAUUUAUUUUGAAAAUUAUUAAACAACAUUCAAGUAAAGUAUUGCUAUCGACAGACUUUAAUUUUGUUUGUACAACUAUCCUUGCAUAAAUUAAAAAAGAAUCGAUACAUAAUGAAACACCAAGAAGUGACCGUUGAUUAUUGGACAAUGGUAAAGACCAUGUUUUCGUAUGGAGCCCUGACUGCACUUUGUUGGAUUAUGUUGCGUCUUUUCCACACGGUGUAUACAAUGCCUAGACGAUUUCGCUCCCAACAGGAAAAUAUACAGCACACCUUACAGGAACUUCAAAAGCGGUUUCCGGAUUUAAAUAUAACCGAAGAGGAUUUAAAUAACGCUGAGAAAGAACUUGAAGAAUUCACCAAAGAAGCAGAAAUUGAUGGCAAAAAGGAAAAUCCCAUCGAUAAAAUACCUGAAAUCGUAGAACCUGCUUCAGAAGAAGUCAAGAAAAAUAUUUAAUACAAUACUUGCAAUUCGCUCUAUAAUAGAAAUAAUAUUUUUUUUAACACACCUAAACUCAUAACUUAUAUGUUAAAUAACCAUUUUUAUUUACUCCCCACCGAAAAAGAAUAUCAGAAUUUUAAAUAAACACUGAAAACAAAA